AUGGCAGUAACGCACCAGGGAAGACCAACGACCUCGGGCAAGUUUCCGACAACACAACUGUUUUUCUUAGCAAUAUGUCGUUUCGCAGAGCCGAUUGCCUUGACUUCCAUCUUCCCCUACUCGUGGGUGAUGGUCAAGGACUUCCAUCUGGUUGACAGCAAUGCAGCCUCCUUGUAUGCUGGUGUUCUCAUCUCGGCCUUCUCCCUGGCUGAGGCGCUUACUAGCAUGUUUUGGGGCGGCCUCUCAGACCGCGUCGGCCGUAAGCCUGUGCUUCUUCUGGGCUGUUUCGGUACCAUGAUCUCUAUGUUGCUCGUGGGGUUUGCUCCCAAUUACUGGGUCGCACUUCUGGGAAGAGCAAUGGGAGGUGCGCUGAAUGGGAACAUCGGUGUCAUUCAGACAAUGGUUGGGGAAUUAGUCAAGAAGCCUGAGCAUGAACCUCAAGCCUAUUCCGUGAUGCCAUUUGUCUGGUCGAUGGGAACGGUUAUAGGACCAGCAAUCGGGGGGAUACUUGCAAAACCUUCCGAGAGAUAUCCUUCUCUGUUUCCCCCAGGUGGCCUUUUUGGGAAAUUUCCUUAUCUUCUUCCGAACCUUGUUUGUUCUGCAUUGCUUCUCAUCAGCAUCAUUAACGGAUGGUUCUUUUUACAAGAGACCCAUCCCACGUUGCAGGCUGGGAAUGCUCCGGUCGACCCUUAUGACUCACCAGCAGAGUCCGCCCUUUUACCACCUGCUGAAGCAGAAGAGGCAUGCUUAGGAGCCAGUACAUAUGGGACCUUUAACCAGGUCCAUAAAUCAUAUGCGGAUGAGGAGCAAGCAAUGCAGAUUGACUCACCCAAAGCUGGUGCAAGGUCGCAGGAGCUACGCGUUUUCACUUGGCGUGUCGUCACGCUUGUCCUUGCUCUGGGAAUUUUCAGCUACCAUUCAAUGACCUAUGAUAAUCUGCUGCCAAUUUUCCUACAGGAUGAAAAAAAUACUGCCGCUGGGAAGUCAGUCUUGAGCAUCCCAGGUGGACUUGGCCUAUCGACCCAAACCGUCGGCCUGAUCAUGUCAGUUGACGGCGUCAUCGCACUAUUCGUCCAAAGUAUCAUCUUCCCUGCACUGGCCAAACUAUUGGGUGUAUGGAGAUUAUUUGCCGCUGUGACCAUCCUACACCCCGUGGUCUACCUCAUUGUCCCGUUGCUCGUCUUCGUGCCGCAGCAACUGCUGACUUUCGGGAUUUAUGUGUGCCUUAUAAUCCGGAAUACUCUCCACAUCAUCGCCUACCCUGUUUUACUUAUUCUCAUCAAGCAGGCAAGUCCCUCAGACUGCUGUCUGGGGAAGAUCAACGGCUUCGCCGCGUCUGCCGGUGCGGCUGCUCGCACGGUUGCCCCGCCCGUCUCAGGAUUCCUUUACAGUGUCGGCUUGCAAAUCGGCUCCACCGCUAUUCCAUGGUUGGGAAGCACCUUUGUCGCGGUUGUUGGUACUCUGCAGCUGUGUUUUAUCGAUGGGAAGCCGUCAAUUUCAUCUAUUUCAUCUAAAGACUCCUUCGAUGUCUCUCGUCACUCGAAUUUGGAUGAACGCUCCUCGUCGGAAAUAGACGAUCUUCUAUACUCCCAUUUACCGGAUUGA